CUCACUCAGACUCACACAACACAACACAAACACUAAAAGAUGGCAAAAGACUUUCCGACUAAAAGUUUGGACAAGAUUGAUCUUUCUUGUUUGCGGGAUCCCGCUGGUAUUUUCGAUUUAGUUGAAGUGGUCGGUAAUGGAACGUACGGUCAAGUCUAUAAGGGUCGACAUGUCAAGACUGGGCAGCUGGCAGCCAUUAAGGUCAUGGAUGUCACAGAGGAGGAAGAGGAAGAAAUCAAGCUGGAAAUUAAUAUGUUAAAGAAGUACUCUCAUCACAGAAAUAUAGCAACGUAUUACGGUGCUUUCAUAAGGAAAAAACCAUCAAGUCACGAAGAUCAGCUCUGGCUUGUGAUGGAGUUCUGUGGAGCAGGCUCUGUAACUGAUCUGGUCAAGAAAAGCAAAGGAAAUUGUUUGAAGGAAGAUUGGAUCGCCUACAUCUGUAGAGAGGUUCUUCGGGGAUUGACACAUCUUCACGCACAGCAUGUUAUUCACCGUGAUAUCAAGGGACAGAAUGUACUUCUUACAGAGAAUGCAGAAGUAAAGCUCGUUGAUUUUGGUGUCAGCGCUCAGUUGGACAGGACGAUGGAGAAGAGGAACACGUUCAUUGGAACACCGUAUUGGAUGGCACCCGAAGUCAUAGCAUGUGAUGAAAACAUGGAUUCCACGUAUGAUUACAGAAGUGACCUAUGGUCAUUGGGUAUUACGGCUAUUGAAAUGGCAGAGGGAGCUCCUCCUCUCUGUGACAUGCAUCCGAUGAGGGCACUUUUUCUCAUUCCACGUAAUCCUCCCCCCAAGUUGAAAUCAAAGAAAUGGUCAAAGAAAUUUAUUAAUUUUGUAGAAAGUUGCUUGGUCAAGAAUUAUUUGCACCGACCUUCAACCGAAAUGCUGCUGAAACAUUCAUUCAUCCGUGAUCAGCAAAAUGACCGUCAAGUUCGCAUUAUGCUCCGAGAUCACAUCGAUAGAACCAGGAAGAAAAAAGCCGAGAAAGAGGAAACAGAGUACGAAUACAGCGGAAGUGAGGAAGAUGAAGAUGGACUGAAUGAAGAUGAGGGCGAGCCGAGCUCCAUUGUUAAUCAACCUGGAGAGUCGACUCUUAGACGGGAGUUUUUGCGGCUGCAACAAGAGAAUAAAAACCGCUCAGAGUCCCAGCGACAACAACAGAUGCUUCAGCAACAGCUGAGAGAGCAGGAAAAGUAUAAAAAGCAACUGCUGGCGGAACGGCAGAAGCGUAUUGACCAGCAGAAGGAGCAGCGGAAAUGGCUGGAAGAUCAGCACAAAAGGGAACAGGAGCUACGGAAACAGCAGGGAUGUGGGCAGAAGAAGUCAGAGCUGAAGGAGAAAGACAGGAAGGAGCAGAAGGGUAGAGAGGAGGAAGAAGAAAGGAAAUGGGCAGAGGAGGAAAGGUGGAAGAUAGUGGAAGGGAACAAGAAAGUUGAAAACAAGCAGACUGAAGAAUUAGUGGAUUGCAGGAUGAAUGAAAAUCCUACACCAAUGGAUACAUCCCAGCAACAAGCACUCCAGAAACAGGUGGAAGACAAACGGAAGAAAAGUGGUGACAGCCUUGUGGUAGCACAUUCUAAACCAAACAGGAGAGACCCGGGACCUCCAAUACCUCCGCAUUCUGAUCCCAAAAGAGAAGGUAGCACGAGCCACUGCCCAGCUUUACAAAGAUCUGCCGGCUCACAGGAUUUGAACCUCAAGCUGUAUCGAGCUGCUCAUCCCAGUUCCAUUUCCUUAUCUGACAUGGUCCUCAUUCCAAUCACACCUGGACAGGAUGAAGUAUUUUGGGACUCACUAGAGAAUGACAAUCCACCUCCCAAGGUUCCACAGAGGACCGUUUCUAAAUCACAUGGCAAAGACCAAAUAAGCAGCCAAACUCCAACGAAAAGUACCUCCAGUUUUGAGCUGCAGCCCCUAUGGGAGAGGGUGGAGAGUCCUGUCGGCAAACAAGUGAAAGGCAAUUCCCCCCGCAACAGCUCACCCACUUCUGGGCAAAGUUCUCCUCAGACUGCAUCAGCUCCUUUUUCCAGUGCACCCAUCCAAAAUCACAAGCAACUCAGCUCAAAGGCCUUUGAAGAGAAAAGGAAUGUGCAUUCACCUCGGAGUCACACUAAUGUGGCUACGUCAACCAAAGGAAAAGUUAGCAACAGUCCUUUUGUCAAGUCGACAGAGUACUCUUCCUCCAGUGACGAAGUUGGGAGUACGGAUGAAGACGAUGACUCGAGCUCUGAUGUCGCGGAGCCUCUACAAGCCAGGCAGCCAGCCAAGCUGAGCAGUGGAGAGACAGACUGUGACGGCACCAUUGUUCCUGAUGGCAUCGAACUUCAGCCGCACAGCACUUUUAACGAACAAAAGAACAUAGCAGGGCCAAAUUGUAGCAGACAGCAAGGAAAUGCUGGUGUCACCAGUUGCAUCCAUCUCCUGCCAGACCUCAUUCAGCAGAGCCAUGCUGCUAACCCUUCAGUCAAUCAGCAGGGAUCUGGGCAGACCCCUGAGUCACCACACAACGAGACUACAACUACUAACCAGAGCAUCUCAGCUGAAAACCCACAUCUUAAAUCCAGUUCCUCAUCUUCCUCUUCUUCUUUCACACCAUUCAUCGAUCCCAGGCUCCUGCAAAUCUCCCCUUCAAGUCCUUCCGCGGGAUCUAGUUCUCCGGGCAGUAAAUCCGAGCCUUUUAGGAGAGAGAGCGCAAGAAAAGGAUCCGUCGUAAAUGUCAAUCCAACAAAUAUACGACCGCAAAGCGAUACUCCAGAAAUCCGCAAGUACAAGAAGAAAUUCAAUUCCGAGAUACUUUGUGCAGCUCUAUGGGGUGUCAAUCUGCUGGUGGGUACAGAGAAUGGGCUGUGGUUACUGGACAGGAGUGGACAAGGCAAAGUGUAUUCCCUGAUCAGUCGAAGACGUUUCCAACAAAUGGAUGUGCUGGAGGGACUGAAUGUACUGAUCACCAUAUCAGGAAAGAAGAAUAAGUUGAGAGUUUACUAUUUGUCAUGGCUUAGAAACAAGGUCUUGCACAACGACCCCGAAGUAGAGAAAAAGCAAGGAUGGGUUUCAGUCGGAGAACUUGAAGGUUGUGUUCACUACAAAGUUGUCAAGUAUGAGAGAAUAAAAUUCUUAGUGACUGCUCUGAAGUCCUCUGUCGAAGUCUAUGCUUGGGCGCCAAAGCCGUACCACAAGUUUAUGGCAUUUAAGUCUUUUUCAUGUCUAUCAAAUAAACCACUGUCAGUGGACCUGACUGUUGAAGAGGGUCAGAGGCUGAAAGUGAUCUAUGGAUCUGUUUCUGGUUUCCAUGCAAUCGAUGUUGAUUCUGGAACAGUUUAUGACAUCUACCUGCCAACUCAUAUUCACAGCAACGUUCACCCCCAUGCCAUUAUCAUCCUUCCCAACACAAACGGCAUGGAGCUGCUCAUCUGCUAUGAGGAUGAAGGAGUCUAUAUAAACACCUAUGGUCGGAUCACAAAGGAGACGGUAUUGCAGUGGGGAGAGAUGCCCACGUCUAUUGCAUACAUCCAAUCAAAUCAAAUAAUGGGCUGGGGAGAGAAGGCAAUUGAGUUACGCUCUGUGGAAACUGGACAUCUCGACGGUGUGUUUAUGCACAAGAAGGCACAACGGCUGAAAUUCUUGUGUGAAAGAAAUGACAAGGUGUUUUUUGCUUCAUCCCAGUCUGGCGGGAGCAACCAGAUUUAUUUCAUGACACUCGGCCGUCCCUGUCUCCUUAACUGGUAGACGUGCAGGCUCCUCGUGUCGGAGCAAUGAAUUCUUGAAAACACUCGCCAGACGUGGAGUUACAAUGACGCGAUCAUCUCCAGAUACAAAAAUAAUUCCAUCCCAUAGCUAUAAACUCUUCACGGAAAUUCAUGGCAAUGUCAGACAAUGGCUGAACUUCUGAAUACAGCAGAUGGCACAGUUGGACAGAGCACUUUCUGUCAAAACUAAAACUGGUUACUGUAUUUC